GCGUCUUUCUCUUGCUUCACAUUGCUGCCCAGUCGCCACACCAUCAAUCACGUCUUUCCUUUUAUCAGCUCUUUUACCUUCCUCAUUGUUGUUCUCAAUUUAGUCGUAUAGGGAUAAUAACUUCAAGUCGAAUAGGGAGGUUUACCGUUCUGCUUUACAAUCAUGGCUUCUCUGCCACCACCACCACCUCCUGGUUGGCAAGGUGUUUCUGGUUCUGGUGCUCCUCUCCAGCCCCCUCCGCCUGGAUACAGACCGCCGGCCGAUCCACAGCAGGCGAAGUUUGAUCAGAAAAAAAAGGAAUGGCUGCGCAUCCAGAAGAAUAGGUUUGGAGAAAAGAGGAAGAAUGGGUUUGUCGACACCCACAAAGCCGACAUGCCUCCGGAGCAUUUGAGAAAGAUUGUGAGGGAUAUUGGCGAUGUUAGUCAGAAGAAAUUUUCAGCAGACAAGAGGGCAUAUUUAGGGGCUUUGAAGUUUAUGGUGAGUUUUUGCCCUGUCAUGCUCAAUGCAUCCAUACCUGCAGAUACUUAUUUGUAUGUGAAUUUCUAGCCGCAUGCCGUCUUGAAGCUAUUGGAGAAUAUGCCUAUGCCUUGGGAGAGCGCUCGUGAAGUUAAGGUUCUGUAUCAUGUCAAUGGCUGCUUAACCUUGGUCAACGAGAUUCCCCGCGUUAUCGAGCCAGUCUUUCAUGCGCAAUGGGCAACGAUGUGGGUGUGUAUGAGGAGAGAAAAGUCGGAUCGUAGGCAUUUCAAGAGAAUGCGUUUCCCACCAUUUGACGAUGAGGAACCUCCAUUGUAAGUUGUCUCGUUUUUCUUGCUCUUCUGGUGGCUUGUUGACAUCGCGGAAUGGUUCUAAUAGGGCUACUGUAUAGGUCCUGGAGUGAAAACAUCGAAGACGUUGAGCCGCAGGAGCCAAUACAGAUGGAGCUGGAUGAACUUGAGGAUGCUGCGGUUAUCGAAUGGUUUUACGACCACAGGCCAUUACUUGACACCCCACAUGUGAAUGGCCCCGGAUAUAAGAGGUGGAAUCUUGAUCUUUCCCAGAUGGCUACGUUAUACCGUCUCUCUCAACAGCUAUUGUCCGACCUUGUCGACAAAAAUUAUUUCUAUAUGUUUGAUAGGAAGAGUUUUUUCACGGCAAAAGCUCUGAACGUCGCGAUACCAGGUGGACCUCGAUUCGAGCCUUUGUAUAAGGAUAUCGACCCAAAUGACGAAGAUUUUGGCGAGUUUAACGCUAUUGACCGGAUUAUCUUCCGUUCUCCCAUCAGAACCGAAUACCGGGUGGCGUUUCCAUUUUUGUAUAAUUCGCUCCCUAGAUCAGUGCACCUGUCGUGGUACCACUACCCACAGAUAACCUACGUUCGGGCUGAAGAUCCUGAGCUUCCAGCCUUUUACUUCGAUCCUGUAAUAAACCCCAUUUCAUCUCGCUCAGUAGCUCCGGCAAAUCUCACGGUAUCGCAUGAGGAUGAAGUUUUUGGCUACGGCAAUGAUGAGGAUGAUUUUCAGCUUCCAGAUGAGGUGGAGCCUUUCAUGGCGGAAGAAGCGUUAUACACCGAAAACACAACGUCGGCCAUCGCCCUCUGGUGGGCCCCGUACCCUUUCGAUCGUCGCUCUGGCAAGACUGUUAGAGCGGAAGAUGUUCCGUUAGUAAAACAAUGGUAUCUUGAGCACUGCCCGCAGGGCCAACCUGUAAAGGUCCGGGUCUCGUACCAAAAGCUAUUGAAAACCUACGUGCUUAAUGCACUUCACACAAGGCCACCUAAGGCGCAAAAUAAGCAAGACCUAUUCCGGACGUUGAAGGGGACUAAGUUUUUUCAGACGACUACGAUUGAUUGGGUAGAGGCGGGUUUGCAGGUGUGCAGACAGGGGUUCAACAUGCUGAAUUUGUUGAUUCAUAGAAAGAACUUGACCUAUCUUCAUCUGGAUUACAACUUCAAUCUUAAGCCGGUGAAGACUCUUACCACUAAAGAACGCAAGAAGUCCCGAUUUGGGAACGCCUUCCAUCUUAUGCGAGAGAUCCUUCGUCUUACCAAGCUUAUUGUCGAUGCCCAGGUGCAAUACCGACUUGGAAAUAUUGACGCCUUUCAAUUGGCGGACGGCAUUCUCUACGCAUUCAACCAUGUUGGACAGUUGACGGGUAUGUACAGGUACAAGUAUAAAUUGAUGCAUCAAAUUCGUGCCUGUAAGGAUUUGAAGCAUCUAAUCUACUACCGUUUUAACUCGGGGCCUGUCGGAAAAGGUCCUGGAUGCGGAUUUUGGGCACCGGCUUGGAGGGUAUGGCUCUUCUUCAUGCGAGGUAUUCUCCCAUUAUUGGAAAGGUGGCUCGGGAAUUUGUUAGCAAGACAAUUCGAGGGACGUCACAGCAAAGGAGUUGCCAAAACUGUUACGAAGCAACGGGUGGAAUCUCAUUUCGAUUUGGAAUUGAGGGCAGCUGUCAUUCAUGACAUCACGGAUAUGAUGCCGGCUGGCAUGAAGUCGAACAAGGUCAAUACGGUUUUGCAGCAUCUUAGUGAAGCAUGGAGAUGUUGGAAGAGUAACAUUCCCUGGAAGGUCCCUGGCCUUCCCGCGCCGAUCGAAAACGUUAUUUUACGGUAUGUCAAAAGCAAGGCCGAUUGGUGGGUGAGCGUCGCCCACUAUAAUAGAGAGCGUAUUCGGAGAGGUGCUACUGUCGACAAAACUGUGGCUAAGAAGAAUCUGGGGAGGUUAACGCGCCUCUGGUUGAAAGCCGAGCAAGAAAGGCAGCACAAUUACAUGAAGGACGGACCGUAUGUCUCCUCGGAAGAAGCCGUUGCAAUCUACACUGCCGCGGUCCAUUGGCUGGAGGCUAGGAAGUUUUCUCCAAUUCCGUUCCCUAGCGUCUCCUACAAGCAUGACACGAAAAUCCUGAUUCUCGCUCUCGAAAGAUUGAGGGAGGCAUAUUCGGUCAAAGGCAGGCUUAACCAAAGUCAAAGAGAAGAGUUGGCCUUGAUCGAGCAGGCCUACGAUUCACCUGGAACGACCCUUACCAGAAUAAAGACUGCUCUCUUGACUAGGCGUGCGUUCAAGGAGGUCGGAAUCGAUAUGAACGAUAACUACAGUACGAUCAACCCAGUUUACGAUGUGGAACCGAUAGAAAAGAUCACGGAUGCGUACUUGGAUGCGUAUCUUUGGUACCAAGCCGACCAACGCCACCUUUUCCCCGCCUGGAUCAAACCCUCCGACUCCGAAGUUCCGCCCUUGCUUGUUUAUAAAUGGGCUCAAGGAAUCAAUAAUCUUCAUGGCGUUUGGGAGACUGUGGAUGGUGAAUGCAAUGUCCUCCUCGAGACCCAACUGUCAAAAGUUUACGAGAAGAUUGAUAUCACCUUCCUUAACCGUCUGCUUCGCUUGAUCAUGGAUCACAAUCUUGCGGAUUACAUCACAGCCAAGAACAAUGUCGUCCUCAAUUAUAAGGACAUGAAUCAUACAAAUAUGUACGGAUUGAUUCGUGGUCUUCAGUUCUCCGCAUUCGUUUUCCAGUACUACGGUCUGAUUUUGGACUUGUUGAUAUUGGGAUUGGAGAGAGCUUCUGAGAUUGCCGGACCCCCGCAGAGGCCCAAUGAAUUCCUUCAAUUCCAAGACUUGGAAACCGAGACUAAGCAUCCUAUCCGACUUUACACCAGAUAUGUCGACCGAAUCUGGGUCUUUUUCCGAUUCUCUGCCGACGAUGCUCGUGACCUUAUCCAAAGGUUCUUGACAGAACAACCCGAUCCAAAUUUCGAGAAUGUCAUUGGUUAUCGGAACAAGAAGUGUUGGCCUAGGGACUCAAGGAUGAGGUUGAUGCGCCAUGAUGUCAACCUUGGCAGAGCUGUUUUCUGGGACCUGAAGAAUCGCCUUCCUAGGUCUGUGACUACUAUCGAGUGGGAAGAUACAUUUGCCAGUGUCUAUAGUCGGGAUAACCCGAACCUCCUCUUUUCCAUGUCCGGAUUUGAAGUAAGAAUUCUUCCAAAGGCCCGUAAUCAAAAUGAAGAGUUCCCCGUCAAGGAUUCCGUUUGGUCGUUGGUGGACAACAAUUCGAAGGAGAGGACAGCUCAUGCUUUCCUGAGGGUCACUGAGGAUGAUAUUGCCAAAUUUAACAACCGUAUUCGUCAGAUCCUUAUGAGCUCUGGAUCUACCACUUUUACUAAAAUCGCCAACAAAUGGAAUUCGGCUCUUAUUGCCUUAUUUACUUACUACCGCGAAGCUGCAAUCUCGACUGAGGCAUUACUAGAUACCAUUGUGAAAUGUGAGACCAAGAUUCAGACUAGAGUCAAGAUCGGGCUCAAUUCUAAAAUGCCAUCGAGGUUCCCGCCUGCUGUCUUCUAUACGCCUAAGGAACUUGGUGGUCUGGGAAUGAUUUCAGGAAGUCAUAUUUUGAUUCCUACAAGUGACAGGAGGUGGAGUAAACAGACUGAUGCUGGUAUCACUCACUUCCGGAGUGGAAUGACGCACGAUGAUGAUGUGCUUAUCCCGAAUAUCUUCCGAUACAUUCAACCCUGGGAAGCUGAGUUCAUUGAUUCUGCUCGUGUCUGGUCUGAGUACGCACAGAAGAGGGCUGAGGCCAAUCAGCAAAACCGAAGGUUGACGCUUGAAGAUCUUGAGGACUCUUGGGAUAGAGGUAUUCCAAGGAUAAAUACUUUAUUCCAGAAGGACCGGAGUACUUUGGCGUUCGAUAAGGGAUGGAGAGUUAGGACUGAGUUUAAGAUAUACUCUAUGAUGGUAUGUUUCGCAGUGAAUUGCCCUGAUUGAUGCAUAAGUGCUAACAUUGCCUUCAGAGAUCCAAUCCAUUUUGGUGGACAUCCCAACGCCACGAUGGUAAACUUUGGAACCUUAACGCAUACCGGACAGACGUCAUUCAGGCAUUGGGUGGUGUUGAGACUAUCCUUGAGCACACCCUCUUUAAAGCAACUGCAUUCCCCUCCUGGGAAGGGCUCUUUUGGGAGAAAGCAUCCGGUUUUGAAGAGUCGAUGAAAUUCAAGAAGCUUACCAACGCUCAGAGGUCUGGUCUUAACCAGAUUCCAAAUCGUCGAUUUACUCUGUGGUGGUCACCCACUAUCAAUCGGGCCAACGUCUAUGUAAGUUUGCGGGAGCGACACUCUGCAGCUAUGUUUCAAGGACUAAUGAUUCUUAGAUUGGUUUCCAAGUCCAAUUGGAUUUGACGGGUAUCUUCCUUCACGGAAAAAUCCCAACCCUAAAGAUCUCCCUUAUUCAGAUCUUCCGAGCCCAUUUGUGGCAAAAGAUACACGAAAGUGUCACUAUGGUAGGUUUUCUAUAUCCUGUCCGGUGGGGGAGCGCGUUCUAACUCUUAGCCAGGACCUUUGUCAAGUUUUUGAUCAGGAGUUGGAGGCACUCGGUAUCGAGACAGUGCAGAAGGAGACCAUUCAUCCCAGGAAAUCGUACAAGAUGAACAGCUCCUGCGCAGACAUCUUGCUUUUUGCUGCCUACAAAUGGAAUGUCACUCGCCCCAGCUUGCUCCAUGACCAAAAGGAUGUUAUUGAGCAAAACGCUACAAAUAAAUUCUGGAUCGACGUUCAAUUGCGAUACGGAGAUUAUGACAGUCACGAUGUCAGCCGAUAUGUGAGAGCCAAGUUCCUUGAUUACACUACCGAUUCUCUCUCCAUCUAUCCGUCUCCGACUGGUGUGAUGAUUGCCAUCGAUCUCGCCUAUAAUCUCUAUGACGCUUAUGGUCAAUGGUUCCCCGGCUUGAAACAACUCGUCCAACAGGCGAUGGCCAAGAUUAUGAAGGCAAAUCCUGCGUUGUAUGUCUUGCGAGAGCGAAUCAGAAAGGGACUGCAACUUUAUGCCUCUGAGAGCAAUCAGGAGUUCCUUAAUUCGCAGAACUAUUCAGAGCUGUUUAGCAAUCAGAUCCAGUUGUUCAUUGACGAUACCAACACAUAUCGUGUUACCGUCCACAAGACCUUCGAGGGUAACUUGACUACCAAGCCGAUCAAUGGAGCCAUAUUUAUUCUUAACCCUCGUUCCGGCCAGUUGUUCUUGAAGAUUAUUCACACCUCAGUCUGGGCUGGUCAGAAGCGUCUUGGCCAGUUGGCAAAAUGGAAAACGGCAGAAGAAGUGGCCGCUCUCAUUCGCUCACUUCCUGUUGAGGAACAGCCGAAACAACUAAUUGUGACAAGAAAGGGGUUGCUGGAUCCCUUGGAGGUGCACCUUCUCGAUUUCCCUAACAUUUCUAUCCGAGCAUCAGAGUUGCAGCUUCCUUUCCAGGCUGCAAUGAAAAUUGAAAAGUUGGGUGACAUGAUUCUGCGUGCCACGGAGCCUCAGAUGGUUCUAUUCAAUCUCUACGAUGACUGGACUAAGACGGUAUCCUCGUAUACGGCUUUCUCACGUUUGAUCUUGAUCCUCAGGGCUUUGCACGUCAAUCAGGACAAAACUAAGCUGUUAUUGAGGCCGGAUAAGACGGUCAUCACACAGGAGCAUCAUAUUUGGCCUACUUUGUCGGAUGAUGAUUGGAUUAAGGUCGAAACGCAACUCAGGGAUCUUAUUCUUAAUGACUACGGGAAAAAGAAUAACGUCAAUGUCUCGAGCUUGACUAGUAGCGAAGUGAGAGACAUCAUUCUUGGUAUGGAGAUAAGCGCGCCGUCGAUGCAACGCCAACAGGCUGCCGAAAUCGAGAAGCAGCAGCAAGAGCAAGCUCAGCUUACCGCGGUUACUACAAGAACGCAAAAUGUUCACGGAGAUGAGAUGAUUGUCACUACAACUUCCAAUUAUGAGCAGCAGGCAUUCGCCUCCAAGACGGAAUGGCGCAGUAGGGCCAUUGCCGCUAGCAACCUUCGGACUCGGUCGAACCAAAUCUUCAUCUCAUCAGAUGAUAUCUCGGAUAAUGGCCAGUACACCUACAUUAUGCCGAAGAACAUCCUAAAACGGUUCAUCAUGAUCGCCGAUCUCCGUAUGCAGGUAGCUGGCUAUGUCUAUGGUUCAUCGCCACCAGACAAUGACCAGGUCAAAGAAAUUAGGUGUAUUUCUAUGGUUCCACAGAUUGGGAGUCUGAACACAGUCCAGCUUCCUCACCAUCUACCCCAACACGAUUAUCUCACGAAAGAGAACGGAUUGGAGCCGCUUGGCUGGAUUCAUACCUGGGCUCAACCAAACGAGACGCCAUACCUGAAUGCCUUUGAUACGACCCAACAUGCAAGACUCAUGUCAGCCCACAAGGAGUGGGACAAAAAGACCAUCACCAUGACUGUCGCAUUCAAAGCGGGAUCAGUCUCGCUCGCGGCAUACGGUCUCGCACCCGCCGGCUACGAAUGGGGUGCACAGAACAAAGAUCUCGGGAACGACAUGCCCCCAGGGUUCCAGACCAACAUGGGCGAGAAAUGCCAGUUAUUGCUCUCAGAUAAGAUUAUGGGAUUCUUCCUGGUCCCCGAGAGUGGUGUUUGGAAUUACUCUUUCCUUGGUGCGAACUUUAGUACCGAGGCGGAGAAGAAGGCAUACCAUGUCAAGAUUGAUACCCCGGUAGGGUAUUAUGCGGAUAUCCACCGGCCCUUGCACUUCCAGAACUUUGCUGAGUUGGAGGAUAUCUGGGUGGAUCGUAGCGAUAAUUUCGAGUAGAUGGAUAGGCGGUUGGUUAAGGGUCUCUUUGAUUCGGAAUUUGUACUAUUUCGCGGGGGUGGCUUUUUCUUUUUGACUUGUUGAUGUGUUGCGAGAAUUCUUGUAAUCAUAGUUGUGGGUUUGGUUCUGUUUGUUUUGUUUUUUUGUUUCGUUUUGUGUUUCUUCAAAAAGGUCGGAUAUCGGAAGUUUGGGUAAUGAUGCGGAGUGAUGAGGCUUUCUGUAUUCAACGAAUUUCUUAGCCAAUGCCCGGCCCCCCUGCCCCCUUUUCAGCAGCUACGAUAAUAUAUCCAUUGCUAGCAAACCGUCAAUCCACUUUUUUGGGUGUUCCCAAUUUAUUGCUAGUGGUGAUAUACAAACUUUUGGACACUGGGGUCUAUAUGGAGAAAAGGAUAUUUCACUUUUCCAAACGCCUCCGGUGCUAUUGCUAUGCCAUCAGAUUCAAACACCAGCUCCGCCCCCAAGAUGCCCAUCACCCCAUCAAAAGGUACACGGGACGAGAGCCCGAAAAUCCCUACCCAUAGCACAUCCAAGCGAUUGAGCCCCUCCAAGCUAACCAAUAACCCCGCCUCCCAAAAAAAAAAAAAAAAAAGUAAAAACGCGACAAUCAAAAAAUCACUAUUAAGAGGUCUCCUCGAGGCAGGGGAAUGAAAGAAAAAAUCUCGCAACUAGGGCUUCAACGCCUAACAUGUUCCCGGCUCCUGACCCAAGCCCAAUGCCUGCUCAGUUCAUCCUCAGCUCUACCAAUUACGCAAACACGGUCCAAAGCUCAGAAACACUCCUCUCAAUAAGCCCAACGUACCCCCCUCACUCUUCCUGCUCCUCCAAAUUCUCCUACCUGACCCGCCGUGAGAGGCGGACAGCGCUCCCGCACACUUCUGGAAGGUUGAUUGCCACGACAUCGUAGUGCCCUCCUUCUACUCUAUGGACCGCACUAGUGGAACCGAGGUGGUGCAAGUGCUAGAUCCGCACAGGGGGUGUUUUUAGGUUCGCGGGGGUUAGGUUUGGCAGCGUUGUGGGUUCUGCACUCCGGGGAGUGCAGCGCGGGUUCCGCGGCUGUCGACAUGCAUUGGGAAGGCGCUUGAUUCGGAGUCCCCUGCGGCCUGGCAAUGGUGUUUGGGCGGCAGUUUCCUGGCUGCGCUAGCGGGUGUUGGCGUUUUCAGACUGAUUGGUCCGCGAAACCCUUGAACGCGCUGUGAAUCAUGGGGUGGGAUGGAAUAUUGAGGUUUCGGACAGUGUU